AUGUGCACUAUUGGAGAAGGUGUAUUGACCAUGGCUACUACUGUUCAUCUCAGCUCAUCCUCCCUCUUCAUCCAAUCCAGAGGAAGAAGAUAUAACUCCCUAACCUCAGUCAACAAUCUCCAAAAACGCAACGUUUUAUCUCUCUCUGCUUCUCUCAACUCGCAAGGCAGAGGGCACAUGAAUCCACCACAAGGAAAUGAUCACAACUCCUCAUUUGACUUCAAGUCGUAUAUGAUCCGUAAAGCCGAAUCCGUAAGCUCCGCUCUCGACGUUUCCGUACCGCUUCUGAAACCCCUCACGAUCCAAGAGGCUGUCCGGUACUCAUUGCUAGCUGGAGGGAAACGUGUAAGGCCUCUGCUCUGCAUCGCCGCCUGCGAGCUUGUUGGCGGCGACGAGACUACUGCCAUGUCAGCAGCUUGCGCGGUAGAGAUGAUCCACGCGAGCUCUCUUAUUCAUGACGACCUUCCCUGUAUGGACAAUGCCGACCUCCGCAGAGGCAAACCCACCAACCAUAAGGUAUUUGGAGAAGACAUGGCGGUUUUGGCGGGAGAUGCACUGCUUGCUUUGGCGUUUGAGCACAUGACGGUUGUGUCGAGUGGGUUGGUGGCUCCGGAGAGGACGGUCCGUGCGGUGAUUGAGCUGGCAAAGGCCAUAGGGACAAAAGGGCUUGUGGCUGGACAAGUGGUAGACCUACGCAGCGAAGGAUUGAAUCCAGACGACGUCGGAUUUGAGCAUCUAGAGUUCAUCCACCUCCACAAAACGGCAGCGUUGUUGGAGGCGGCGGCGGUUUUAGGGGUAAUAAUGGGAGGAGGAACAGAGGAAGAGGUCGAGAAGCUUAGAAAGUACGCAAGAUGUAUUGGGCAUUUGUUUCAGGUGGUUGAUGAUAUUCUUGACGUGACGAGAUCUACCGAGGAAUUGGGUAAGACCGCCGGAAAAGACGUCAUCGCCGGAAAGCUUACGUAUCCGAGGCUGAUUGGUUUGGAGAAAUCGAAGGAACUGGCGGAGAACUUGAGGAAAGAAGCAGAGGAACAGCUUUUAGGGUUUGAUUCUGAAAAGGCAGCACCUCUAGUGGCUCUUGCUAGCUACAUUGCCUCAAGAAACAAUUGA